GUCCAGAAGCUACAGGCCAUCUUGAAGCCCAUGAUGCUCCGGCGCCUGAAAGAGGACGUGGAGAAGAACCUGGCUCCCAAACAGGAAACCAUCAUCGAGGUGGAGCUCACCAACGUCCAGAAGAAGUUCUACCGUGCCAUCUUGGAGAAGAACUUCUCCUUCCUGGCCAAGGGGGCGGGCCACACCAACAUGCCCAACCUCCUCAACACCAUGAUGGAGCUGCGCAAGUGCUGCAACCACCCCUACCUCAUCAACGGCGCCGAGGAGAAGAUUCUGGCCGAAUUUCGGGACUCGUGGCCCCACCACCACCUCCCCCCCGACUUCCACCUGCAGGCCAUGGUGCGCUCGGCCGGGAAGCUGGUGCUGAUCGACAAGCUCCUCCCCAAGCUCAAGGCCGGCGGCCACAAGGUCCUCAUCUUCUCGCAGAUGGUGCGCUGCCUCGACAUCCUGGAGGACUACCUCAUCCAGAGGAGGUACCUGUACGAGCGCAUCGACGGCCGGGUGCGGGGCAACCUGCGGCAGGCGGCCAUCGACCGCUUCAGCCGCCCCGACUCGGAUCGCUUUGUCUUCCUGCUGUGCACGCGGGCGGGCGGCCUGGGCAUCAACCUCACGGCGGCCGACACCUGCAUCAUCUUCGACUCCGACUGGAACCCCCAGAACGACCUCCAGGCCCAGGCGCGCUGCCACCGCAUCGGGCAGAGCAAGGCGGUGAAGGUUUACCGCCUCAUCACCCGCAAUUCCUACGAGCGGGAGAUGUUCGACAAGGCCAGCCUCAAGCUGGGCCUGGACAAGGCCGUGCUGCAGUCCAUGAGCGGCCGCGAGGGCAACAUCGCAGGGAUCCAGCAGUUCUCCAAGAAGGAGAUCGAGGACCUGCUGCGCAAGGGGGCCUACGCCGCCAUCAUGGAGGAGGACGACGAGGGCUCCAAGUUCUGCGAGGAGGACAUCGACCAGAUCCUCCUGCGCCGCACCACCACCAUCACCAUCGAGAGCGAGGGCAAGGGCUCCACCUUCGCCAAGAUGGCCGCCUCGAGGCCUCCUCCCAUUUCCAAGAUGGCCGCCUGGAGGCCUCAUUCCCACAUCAAACAUGGCCGCCCCGAGGCCUUUUCCCGCCAAAACGCAG